AUGGGCCGCUACUCCGGCAAGACGUGCCGGCUGCUCUUUAUGCUCGUGCUCUCCGGCGUCUUCUUCGUGGCGGAGCUGGUCUCGGGGUACUUUGGCAACUCCAUCGCACUGCUCUCCGACUCCUUCAACAUGCUGUCAAGCCUGAUCUCGCUGUGCGUGGGCCUGAGCACCGGCCACAUCGCCCGGCGCCACCCCAGGAGCUUCCGGGCCACCUACGGCUACGCCCGCGCAGAGGUGGUGGGAGCGCUCACCAACGCCGUCUUCCUCUCUGCGUUCUGCUGCACCAUCUUGGUGGAGGCCGUGCUGCGCCUGGCCCAGCCCGAAAGCAUCGCUGACCCCGAGCUGGUGCUCAUUGUCGGCGCCCUGGGGCUAGCGGUCAACCUGGUGGAACUGCUCAUCUUUCAGGACUGCGCCUCCUGCUGCCGCGGCCGCCGUCGCCUCCUGCAGCAGCAGCAGUUGGCCCAAGGUGGCGCUCGCGGAGCUUUCGGGGACCUCCAGGACGCGGAGGACCCGCGGCCCGCGGCCACAGCCCCUGGCUCGGACUCGGCUGUGAUCCUCCCGGGGGCCUCUGUCGAGAGGCAGCAGCAGAAGGGGGCGACCGUGUUCUCAAACGUAGCAGAUGAUUCCUUGAAUACCCAGAAUGAUCCUGAAGAGAUGAUGAAAAAGGAGAAAAAGUCCAAAGCCCUGAAUAUCAGAGGUGUACUUUUGCAUAUGAUCAGAGAUACCCUGGGGUCUGUGGUUGUGGUCAUUACAGCCACCAUUUUCUAUGUGCUUCCCUUGAAAAAUGAGAAGCAGUGUAACUGGCAGUGCUUCAUUGACCCCAGCCUGACUAUAGCCACGGUCAUCAUCAGUUUGUCAUCUGCCUUCCCACUCAUCAAGGAGACGGCUGCCAUUCUGCUGCAGAUGGUCCCCAAAGGGGUCAACAUGGAAGAGCUGAUGAGUAAACUCUCUGCUGUGCCCGGAAUUAGCAGUGUACAUGAAGCGCACAUCUGGGAACUUAUAAAGGGAAAGAUCAUUGCCACCCUGCACAUCAAAUACCAGAAGGACAGGGGAUAUCAGGAUGCCAGCAUGAAAAUCCGAGAAAUUUUCCAUAAGGCAGGAAUCCAUAAUGUGACCAUCCAGUUUGAAAAUGUGGACUUGGAGGAGCCCCUGGGGCAGGACUUAUUUUCUCUCUGCAGCUCACCUUGUAUCUCCAAGGGCUGUGCUAAGCAACUUUGUUGUUCCCCUGCGGUGCCACCUCUGGCCCAUGUCAAUGGCUGUGCUGAGCAGAAUGGCAGUCCCCGGCUAGACACAUACCGAAAUGAUAGCUUCAGCAGAAGAGACACAACAGAAGUGGCCGUUGAAAUGCCUUUGGAUGGAUGUCUGAGAGAGGACCAGUGUUACGUCAACAGCACGUAUUUUUAAUCUGGUACCCACACGAUCAGACGUUAUAGACAAGGCACUUUGGAACCACCAUCUUGGCUUAUGGAAAGAGCUUUGUGGGUCGUAGGCUCUGACCAAGCUUGCAGUGAGCACUCUCUGGGUUCACUAAGGGGUUGGCUGUUUGGGAUUUUAGUUGAAUGUGUCUGUUAAUCUUGAUGUAACUGAUAACCCCUUUCCAUUUCCCUGGGUAUCUCAUGGUUCUCUUGGGUAGUUUUAGCUUGAACAUUCAUUUUUUUUCUUUUUUAAAGAUACAUUUUAAAGUAUUUAUUAUAGUUGCAACUGGUACCUUGAUGGAAAGGUUGACUUCCAAGGGAGAAAUGAAAAUUAAUUUAAUUGCUGCCUUUAAUGUGCUUUGAUGAACUUAGAGUUUUCCUUUAUGUCUCUGAUCCAUAUCACCAAGUUCAAAUAAAUGUUUUAUA